AUGAAACGUAUGCUGUUUUUUCUUCUCUUCUUGGUGAGCGGUACUUGUGUGGGUGUUGUAACUGGUGAGGAGCCAUCAGCGCAUGCUGAUCCUGAUGGUUGCCUUAAUGUUGCUUCUGGUGAUGAGUGCUCUAAUAGAAAAGCUCUUGGAACAGACAAUGAUGCUGGGUGUACUGAUUCUACUGAUACAGAUAAAUGUGGUACCAAUUUGGCUAAAAAAGAAGCCAUCAAACCACUCAAUGGUCUCACAGCUGAUCCAGUACUUAUUGAUAAUGAGAAAGCGGCUGCCGGAAAAGAUAAAAGUCUUUUAAAGAACAAAGAAAUAACAAAAGAACUGAAUCCGGAAAGCCGUCCUGAUUCAGUUACAACUUCUCUGGGCGAUACAGAUGAGCGUCUUAAAGGACCGAAGCAUAAUCCCAAUCUUGGGCAAGCAGGAGGACUUCCAACUCAAUUGACAUACCGUGUCAGUGACUCUGGACAGGCGCUAGCUUCCAGAUCUCAAGACACUCUAGAUUCGGAGAAUAAGGGAAGUGAAGAUGGGCGAGAAAUGGAUAGACCACCAGAACCAACUGUAAAUAUUCCUGAAGAAAGCAGUGGUAGACAGGGCCAUUUAAAGGAAAAAGAAACUACUUCCGCUUUGUCAUUGAACGGUGUAUCCAAAGAAACGUCUGAGACAUCACACAGAACUGGUACGCAAGAACAGGCAACAUCGGCUGUGAGUCCACGAGAGGCACAGCAAAAUGAUCUCAAUGCACCAAAUAAUAAUGCGAAUGGAGGAACAACAUCUACCCAAGAAGGUACUGUCCAUGAAUCUUCUUCUUCAACAUCUGCAAAACCUCCGGCCAAACCCCUGCCGCAAGAAGAAGAGGGUACGAAAACAUCUGAUAAUGCAAAUGCUAAGAAUGGCACUUCACCGGAAGGGAGUGAGUCAACAAGUAACCAAGAAGAUGAUGUGAGAAAUACAGAAAACAGCACCACCACAACAACAACAACACUUCCUCCUGAGACUGUAAACAACAAGAAGGGUGAUGCAGACAGCAGCAGCAGUAUCAGCAGUUCUGUGUGGGUGCGUGUACCACUACUGAUUGUGGUUACACUGGCCUGUAUUCUUAUGUGGUGA